AUGGCGACGUCUAAUUUGUUAAAGAACAAGGGGUCCCUGCAGUUUGAGGACAAGUGGGAUCUGAUGCGGCCCAUCGUUCUUAAGCUGCUCAGACAGGAAGCCGUCACCAAGCAACAGUGGUUCGACUUGUUCUCAGAUGUCCAUGCUGUGUGUCUAUGGGAUGAUAAAGGACCAGCCAAAAUCCACCAAGCCCUUAAAGAGGACAUCCUAGACUUCAUCAAACAAGCACAAGCUCGGGUGCUGAGCCACCAGGAUGACACAGCACUGCUAAAGGCCUACAUUGUAGAGUGGAGGAAGUUCUUCACCCAGUGCGACAUCUUGCCCAAACCCUUCUGUCAGCUGGAGAUCACGCUCAUGGGCAAACAGGGCAGCAACAAGAAAACAAACAUGGAGGAUAGUAUCGUACGCAAGCUGAUGUUGGACACAUGGAACGAGUCAAUCUUUUCCAACAUUAAGAGUCGCCUGCAGGACAGCGCCAUGAAGCUAGUGCACGCUGAGAGGCAGGGGGAGGCCUUCGACUCCCAGCUUGUCAUAGGAGUACGAGAGUCGUACGUGAACCUGUGCUCUAACCCAGAGGACAAGCUGCAGAUUUACAGGGAUAACUUUGAGAAAGCCUACCUGGACUCCACAGAGAGGUUUUACAGAACACAGGCGCCAUCCUACCUGCAACAAAAUGGCGUCCAGAACUACAUGAAAUAUGCAGACGCAAAACUGAGAGAAGAGGAGAAGAGAGCACUUAGAUAUCUAGAGACACGUCGUGAAUGUAACUCUGUUCAAGCACUUAUGGAGUGUUGUGUUAACGCUCUGGUAACCUCAUUCAAAGAGACAAUCCUGGCCGAAUGUCCAGGGAUGAUCAAACGAAACGAGACAGACAGGCUGCACCUGAUGUUUUCGCUGAUGGACAAGGUUCCCAGCGGGAUCGAGCCCAUGCUAAAAGACCUGGAAGAACAUAUCAUCAAUGCUGGACUAGCAGACAUGGUGGCUGCUGCCGAGACUAUCACUACUGACUCUGAGAAGUACGUGGAGCAGUUGUUGACAUUGUUUAACCGCUUCAGUAAGCUGGUAAAGGAGGCCUUUCAGGAUGACCCUCGCUUCCUCACAGCAAGAGAUAAGGCUUACAAGGCUGUUGUCAAUGACGCCACAAUCUUCAAACUGGAGCUGCCAAUGAAACAGAAAGGUGUGGGUAUGAAGACUCAGCCGGAGUCAAAGUGUCCUGAGCUUCUGGCAAACUACUGUGACAUGCUGCUGAGGAAAACUCCUCUCAGCAAGAAACUCACCUCAGAGGAAAUCGAGCUCAAACUCAAAGAAGUGCUCUUGGUAUUAAAGUACGUUCAGAAUAAAGACGUAUUCAUGCGUUACCACAAAGCUCAUCUGACAAGGCGCCUGAUUCUGGACAUAUCAGCUGACAGCGAGAUUGAAGAAAACAUGGUGGAGUGGUUGAGAGAAGUAGGAAUGCCUGCAGAUUAUGUGAACAAGCUGGCCAGGAUGUUUCAGGACAUCAAGGUCUCAGAGGACCUCAAUCAGGUCUUCAAAGAAAUGCACAAACACAACAAGCUGGCGCUGCCAGCGGACAGUGUGAACAUUAAGAUCCUGAACGCCGGAGCAUGGUCACGAAGCAGUGAGAAGGUUUUUGUCUCACUGCCCACAGAGCUGGAGGACCUCAUCCCUGAGGUGGAAGACUUCUACAAGAGGAAUCACAGCGGUCGCAAACUCCACUGGCAUCACCUCAUGUCCAACGGCAUUAUCACCUUUAAAAACGAGGUGGGACAGUACGACCUGGAGGUGACGACCUUCCAGCUGGCAGUUUUGUUUGCCUGGAACCAGAGACCUAGAGAGAGAAUCAGCUUUGAGAAUCUCAAACUGGCCACAGAGCUGCCUGACGCAGAGCUACGUCGUACACUUUGGUCUCUAGUGGCCUUCCCCAAACUGAAGAGACAGGUGUUGUCUUAUGACCCUCCAGUUAGCUCGCCCAAAGACUUCACAGACAGCACGCUCUUCUACGUCAACCAGGAGUUCUCACUCAUCAAAAACUCCAAAGUCCAAAAGCGAGGAAAGAUCAAUCUGAUUGGUCGGCUGCAGCUGACCACAGAGCGAAUGAGAGAAGAGGAGAAUGAAGGAAUUGUUCACCUCAGAAUACUCAGAACUCAGGAGGCCAUCAUCCAAAUCAUGAAGAUGAGGAAGAGAAUCAGCAAUGCCCAGCUUCAGACGGAGCUGGUGGAGAUCCUGAAGAACAUGUUUCUGCCUCAGAAGAAGAUGAUCAAAGAGCAGAUUGAGUGGCUCAUUGAACACAAGUACAUAAAGAGGGACGAGGGAGACAUCAACACCUUCAUCUACAUGGCCUAGGCAGCAAGGCAGGGAGCGCUUUCUUGCUCUGUUUUUUACUCCUGGCCUGCAACCGGCACUUAAAGACUCGGCGAGAGGAGAUGGAACAAAAGGAUGUGUGUGAGGACAAGGAGAAGGGUGAAGAUAAGUGGGGAGUGUGUUGAAGAAUGAGGAAGAGCCUUUUCAACAAAAGCGUGGGUAUUUAUUUGUGUUUGUGAGACGCCAGUGUGUUACCGAGGUGAGCUCAGACUGUCUGUCUGUCUCUACCGUCCUCUAGUAUCGAUCAGAGCAGAGGGACGCCGCCUGCCCGUAGCUGGAAUGAAAAGACAUAGUGACAUAAUUAAAUUAAAUACUUCCUGCCUUACUUUGUCAGCAAUGGACUGCAGAGGUGUGCUGUGAGGAGGGAACGGAGGACAAAUGUAACAAGCUGAUAUCAAUCCUUUGCUUUCACUUAAUGCCACAGCUGCCAUCUUAGCGGCAGCCAUUUUGCAUCCCUCCUAUUCUACAUUUGUCUUAUUUUUGAACUGGGAAUGCAAAAAAAUGCCGCGAGUGAAAGCUGCCAUUGAGGAGGAGCGGACACCGAUGGAUUAGCUCAAACUACCGAGGAGUAUUUUGCCAAAUUGUGUGUGUGAGUGAGUGAGUGUGUUAGUGUGUGUUUGCGUGCAUGGUGUGUAUCUGGUCUUUUAGGUGUGUGUGUAUGUGUGUGCACUUUCAACAGCAUGCUGCUCUAUGAUUUUUGUUUGUUUGUUUAUUGGAGGAUCUGUCACACUUUGUGGUUGUGUCUGAGAAAGCUGGGGAAUCAAGACCAGCCGCGCGUUUUAUAUGCUGAUAUUUAGUUUUUCUUUUUAUCCCCUGUGGCAGGUAAAGUUUCUCAACAGGUAUACAGGUAUUGUCUGGAGACCCCUCUUGUCUGUCUUGGGAAAUGAUCAUACUGCAAACUAUUUAUUUGGUGUGUAAAGACCCAUGCUCCAAAAAUUGUGACAUUAAAUACCCGCUGAAAGCAUCAGAGAGGGAAUCGUCUAGAAUUGUGACCAGGUAAUCAGAGUUAAAUAGAAACACAAAAGCUUCUUUAGACUAGAUUGAAGCUCCAUGUCUGAAUUUCACCUCAUUAAUCCACUAAGAGUGUCAUUCUUAAUCUUUGCACAAUGUCAGUACCAGGAAGGUGCUGUUAAACUAGAAAAACAAAAUGUAUGGAAGCCCAUUUCUGCCAGUAAAAGGAAAAAAAAGAAAGUUUAGCCAUGUAAUUAAAAAAAAAAGGAUCCUGAAGGUCAAUAUAAUGAGAAACCUUCCCAAAAUGAUGAGUUAAUAUCUCAAAGUAAUGAAUGAAAUAAUAAUAAGCUUUUCAAAAUAAUGGCUUUUGAGAUACUAAGUUAUUAUGUUGCAAUAUUACAUCAUUCAUUUGACAUAAUAAUACAUAUCGUAUUUUGUAAAAGUUUCUCUUUGUCACUUACGGGAUAUUUUUUCAUUUUUUGUUUUCCUUUAUGGCAGAAAUGGGCUUCCAUACAGUUUAUUUCAUUGAGGUUUAAAGUGAAUGAGCUGCUGUGUUUCGAGGAUCUUCCCUGUCUGAGCUAUUGUGGAGUUCAUCUAGCCAUCAUGAUCUGUCUGUCUGUGUGUGUGUGUGUGUGUGUGUGUGUGUGUGAUGCGUGAUGCCCUCUCUUCUCCUUUUCUGCCCUAACUCGCACAUCCAACAGACACGACUCUCUUAAAAAGAAAUGUCUCUCAUUCUCACAGUGAAAGUUGUAAAGCAGCCAGUUGGUGCAAAGAUGUUUGGUUACACAUCAGCUGUGGUUUUAAUUGUCUUGAUGAUGACAACAAUGUGGUGGCUAAUUUGAGUUCCCUUUAUUGGUUUUUAUUUUCAUUCUGAGUGAAGAAGCUACACACUACGAUCAGUACUUCCCUCUGAAGGAUCAGCUCUGACUUACCACAGGUUAUUUUGAUUUUAUUCUCAAUGGCCAUAUAUGCAUGUAGGGGUGUUGUGGAGUCCAGUCCACUGUAGGAAAUAGAGAGAAACUCAUUCCAGCAUUCAGCUGAAGCUGCUGUGAUGCUGCAGAGGUCGAUCUGUCUCUUCAGUACUGAAUUCCAUCCGUGUGUUUUCUGCAAGUAUUACACUAGAUGUUCUGAGUUUCAGCUAUUAGCUGUUAGCACUUUCUACCUCUCAUACAACUCAGACAACUCUCUCUGCCUCCCCGACUACAGCUACUCAGGGUCACAUGUUUUGUUAGCCUAUAACAGUGACCUCAUUGUUUUUGCAUUGUUUGACAAUUUUUGCAAGCUGUGAUGACAACUGGUGGUCAGUGGUGUGUAGCAGAGCCAGUGUUAACUUCUCACAGAUGUAAAUGUUGGCCUACAAGUAACAAGAAAUUUCAGUACAGAAAUGCCAAAGAAAUUGUUGGAAGUCAUUUAAAAACAAUGCCUCUAUUACACAGUUUCUCCACCACAGAGCAUUCAUUCAAGAUCAUUUUUCAAAUGUAAAAUGUCUGUCCAGUUAAUAUCAUUAAAUUCUUCCUAAAACACAAACAAACAAACAAAAGUGGGACAUCGGCUUUAGCUGAAUGUUGGAUGACAUUUUUGUGAGAACUGUGGAUUUCAUAGUUGUUUCUUUUUCCUUUUCUUACAGUGGAGGCCAGUUUGAAAACGUGGCUGGGUUACUGGGAUUGAGGAAGCUCUCUACAUACAAUUGUUCAGAGAGUGUUAAAGGUCCAGUGUGUAGGAUUUAGGGGGAUAUUUUGGCAGAAAGGGAAUAUACUAAAUAUCUUUUCUUUAGUGAAGCAUCACCUGAAAAUAAGAAUCCUUGUGUUUUCGUUACAUUAGAAUGAGCCAUUUAUAUCUAUAUACGAAGUGGGUCCUCUUUUACAAAGUCCGCCAUGUUUCUACAGUAGCCCAGAACAGACAAACCAAACACUGGCUCUGGAUAGGUACAUUAACGUUUUCACUUUGGCCGCAGUAGUUAACAGCCCCUCGCAUCGGAGAAACACAGAUUUUUAACAUGGAACUGCUUUAUUCAGUGUUUUCACUGGUUCAGAUCACUGGGUUCAUUUGUUUUGGAGAGGAAGAGACCUCUGCAGAUUAUUUAGCUCACGGUAAAACCUCCUGAGCCCUAGAAUCUUAAGAGAGAAAAAAGGUGAGCACUCAUUAGCAGGUGCUGGGCCAGUGGCUCAUCUGCAAUGAACUAAACAGCAUUGGAGAAACACUGAUUUCUAACAUGCUUUAUUCAGUGUUUUUACUGGUUUUAACCACCUGGUCUGGUUGUUUUGUAGAGGAGGAAUAGACCUCUGUGGAUAAA